CAGAGACGCUAUUGCGGAGGAUUCUAAAUCUAACAAAUGCCUUCACAUGUCACGGCCUGAAAUCAAGUCUCUCAUCUAGGAAAAAAAGAGAAGCAGAACAGCCUAUAAAGUGUGUGUGCAUGAGGAGAGAGGAGGAGAAACCUGUUUAUAAAAUGAGUGUGUAUGAGGAGAGCGAGAGCAGGAGGCUCCUGUUGAGAGCAGCAUCUAAAGGAUUCAGCUGUGUGUCUAUGAAGAAUAACAACUCCAUGCAUCAGCCCCCUGAUCUCAGUGAUGUUGACGCUCAGAGAGCAGCAUCUCCAGGAUUCAGCUGUGUGUCUAUGAAGAGUAACAACUCCAUGCAUCAGCCCCCUGAUCUCAGUGAUGGACCUGCUGUGACUUUUGACCCUGUUAUCAUCAGCAGGAAGAGAAAGAGAGCAGCUUCUCCACUACAGCCCCCUGAUCUCAGUAAUGAAUCAAUGCUCUUUGAUCCUGUUGGUGGGAGAGCUGACCAGAUCAGAUAUGUGUCCUGUCAGACCUUCACAUCCUCCUACAGUCAGAACCAAAUCAGUCAUCAUGACACAGAAGCAGCUCUGCAGCUCAAUUCUCACCAACCAGUGCAUGAUGAUCUACAAAGAGUCAAAGACCAGCACAAAACCAGCAUGAAGAACAAGUAUGAGAGCUUAUUUGAAGGAGUCAAACUACAAGAGAAUCAAACUCUCCUGAACAGGAUUUACACACAGCUGUACAUCAUAGAGGGAGAGAGUGAAGGAGUGAAUGAAGAACAUGAGGUGCUACAGAUGGAGAAAAGUUACAGGACACUCCAAGACACUCCAAUCAACUGCAAUGACAUCUUUAAUCCUUCACCUGAACCAGGAUAUGAGAAGAUGAGAAGAGAGGAGAAAGACAAAAUAAAGACGGUUCUUACUAAAGGCAUCGCUGGAAUUGGAAAAACCGUCUCUGUGCAGAAGUUCAUUCUGGACUGGGCCGAGGGAAAAGCCAAUCAGGAUGUAGAUUUCAUGUUUGUGCUUACAUUUCGAGAGCUGAACUUGAUUAAAGAUCAUCAGUACAGUCUUCACAGACUUCUGCUUGACUUUGAUCCUGAACUUCAAGAUCUGGACUCAAAGAUUUAUGAUAAAUGUAAAGUUGUGUUCAUCUUUGAUGGUCUGGAUGAAAGCAGAAUUUCACUGAUGUUUUCAGACAGUCAGAAAGUUUCUGAUGUGACUCAGAUUUCAUCAGUGGGUCUGUUGAUGUCAAACCUCAUGAAAGGAUCAGAAAUCAGUGUGAGGAUGUUCCUCUGAAUACGUUUCUGAAGGGAGCAAUGACUAAAGCCUUAAAGAGUAAAAAUGGACACUUGGAUCUUUUCCUUCGAUUUCUUCAUGGCAUCUCACUGGAGUCCAAUCAGAGACUCUUACAGGAUGCACUGAUACACACAGAGAACAACCCAGAGAGCAUCAAGAAAAUAAUCCAAAACCUCAAACGAGGUCAAAAAAACAACGUCAGUCCUGAACGAUGGAUGAAUCUAUCACACUGCUUGAUUGAGAUGAAAGAUAAUUCUGUUGUUAAAGAAAUGCAGGCAUUUUUAAACUCUAAAACAAGCAAAAAAAAUAUUUCUCUUGCACAAUGCUCAACUUUGGCAAACAUAAUCCUGAUGUCAGAGGAGGUGCUGGAGGAGUUAGACCUUAAACAGUACAAUAUCAAAACAAGUGAGGGUCGAUGGAGACUGUUACCUGCUGUGAGGAACUGCAGAAAAGCUUUUUUGGCAGGCUGUAAUCUCACUGGUCAGCACUGUGAAAUUGUGGCUUCAGCUCUACAAUCAUCUAACUCCCCACUGAGAGAGCUGGACCUGAGUAACAAUCAUCUGCAGGAUUCAGGAGGGAAACUGCUUGCUGCUGGACUGAAAAGUCCAAACUGUCAACUCAACAUACUCAGAUUACCUGGCUGUUUGGUGAAAGAGGAAGGUUGUGCUGAUCUGGCAUCAG